AUGCGCGAUCAGUUCCGGCUGAACCAGUCGCGCCAGGUGCGCAUCAGCAUCCUGCAGAGCGCCGAGGUGGGCAGGAAGCUGCUGCUCUCCUGCUACACGGGCGCGCUGGAGGUCAAGAGGAAGGAGCUGCUCAAGUACCUGACGGCCGCCAGCUACCUGCAGAUGGUGCACAUCGUGGAGAAGUGCACCGAGGCGCUCUCCAAGUACCUGGAAAUCGACGCGUCCAUGGAGAGCAGCGAGCGGGACACCGAGCGGUGCCAUUCUUCAGACGCCGAGCUGAGGAGCGGGGAUGAUGCUCUAGACAAGGACUGCGAAAUUAUUGAGAUCGCCGAAGACAGCCCAGUUAACAUAGAGUACGCCGUGAAACAAGAGAAGGGGGAUGUCUCACGGCCUGUGGUGCAGAGCGUAAUGUCAGAAAGAAAGGAGGCCAAAUCCCCAGAAAUAGCAACGGUUGAAAUAGGUUAUAAGGAUGAUGAAAUCUGUAUCUUCAGAAUGGAUUCUGUGAGUGCAGCUAAUGCAGAAAAUGACCAUUUUUCUCAGCCCUGCACUUCCUCAAAAAGCAGUUUAUAUUUUCCAGAAACCCAGCACUCUUUAAUAAAUUCUACAGUUGAAAGCAGAAAUACAGAAAUGGCAGGAAAUCACCUUCAGGCUUUUGUCAAUGAUAACGCGGAAGGAAAUUCAAGCGGGAUGAACGGCUUUCAGAGUCUGGAUGAUCCUGGUAAUUCAUGGCGGCACCAAUGCCCAAAGUGUCCAAGGGGGUUUCUGCAUCUUGAGAACUAUCUCAGACAUCUGAAAAUGCACAAACUCUUCCUGUGUUUGCAGUGUGGCAAAACAUUUACUCAAAAAAAGAAUCUCAACAGACACAUCCGGGGGCACAUGGGAAUCCGCCCCUUCCAGUGCAUGGUUUGCUUGAAGACAUUUACUGCCAAAAGCACCCUCCAGGACCACCUGAACAUACACAGCGGUGACCGGCCCUACAAGUGUCAUUGCUGUGACAUGGACUUCAAACACAAGUCUGCUCUUAAAAAGCACCUGACUUCUGUUCAUGGAAGGAGUAGCAGCGAAAAAACAAACCUCAACAGUAUUACAAAGGUGAAAAUAGACUAUGAUUAA